AUGGCGCUUUUCUAAAUUUUUUACCGAAAUCUAGUCAAGUACGGCAGUGACCAGCCCCUGGCAUGGACAAAAAACUAAGCGUAACUUUCACUUAUUCAAAGAUCUAUUUGACUGGUUUCCAUGACGCUGCAAUUACUACGCGUCAUACGUAAUUCAUUUGCAUUACCAACUGAAAAUUGUUCACUUUAUUUCGGCCGCCAUUGCAGGUUCUUACGUAGCGAAUACCGUUAUACGGAUAGUGGAUUGAGACGCGCGAGGGGGGUACGAAUCAGCAGCGCCGUUGGAGCGCGAGUUCACUCUGUCACUCGGUCAUUACGGUAUUUCUGUACAGCGCGUCCUACAUUCACUAUCGUGAAAGAAAGAGUGACAAUGCCCGAAAACAAACAGUUUCAGCGUCUUCCUCGAUUUGUGGUGCCCAAACAUUAUGAUUUGCAAUUGGUGCCGAAUCUUGAAAAAUUUACGUUCACGGGAAAAACAGCAGUGAAAGUAUCGAUUCUAAGUGCUACAAAUGAAAUAGUAUUAAAUUGUUUGGAUUUGGAGCUGAGUGAUGUCAAGUUGCAGUACGAGGAUGGAGGACCGGAGUUUAUCAGACCAACUGACGUCCGUAUCAGCGCAGCAGAUGAGACCGCGACUAUUGUGUUUGAUAAAGCCCUCGUGGAAGGCGACGCUACGUUGCAUUGCGAAUUCAAAGGCGAGAUCAACGAUAAGAUGAAGGGUCUCUACCGCAGCAAGUACCUGACGCCCAGUGGCGAGGAGCGUUAUGCAGCAGUCACGCAGUUUGAAGCGACAGACGCUCGGCGCUGUUUCCCUUGCUGGGAUGAACCUGCCAUCAAAGCCACGUUUGAUAUUACCCUUGAGGUCCCUGCUGACAGGGUGGCUUUAUCUAAUAUGCCUGUUAAAGAAGAGAAACCCCAUGGUGAUAAGAAGAUAAUUCACUAUGACACUACACCUAUAAUGUCUACUUAUCUUGUAGCUUUUGUUGUGGGUGAAUAUGACUACGUAGAAAAGAAGUCUCGAGAUGGAGUCUUGGUGAGAGUUUACACUCCUGUUGGGAAAAGCAAACAAGGCAUGUUUGCUCUGGAAGUUGCAGCUCGAGUCCUUCCUUACUACAAAGAGUAUUUUGAUAUAGCUUACCCUUUGCCAAAGAUUGAUUUGAUUGCAAUAGCUGAUUUCUCUGCUGGUGCUAUGGAGAAUUGGGGAUUAGUGACAUACAGAGAGACUUGUCUCUUGGUAGAUGAGGAACACACAUCAGCUGUGAGGAGACAAUGGAUAGCAUUGGUAGUAGGACAUGAGCUGGCUCACCAGUGGUUCGGUAACCUGGUCACUAUGGAGUGGUGGACUCAUCUGUGGUUAAAUGAAGGCUAUGCAUCUUUUGUUGAGUUCCUGUGUGUCAAUCAUCUCUUCCCAGAAUAUGAUAUAUGGACACAAUUUGUCACUGAAAAUUAUAUCAGAGCAUUAGAAUUGGAUUGUUUGAAGAACUCCCAUCCUAUAGAAGUUCCUGUAGGCCAUCCUUCUGAAAUUGAUGAAAUAUUUGAUGACAUAUCAUACAACAAAGGAGCAUCCGUUAUCCGUAUGUUGCAUAAAUACAUUGGAGAUGAUGACUUCCGUAAAGGCAUGAACAUUUAUCUUACUAGACACCAGUACAAAAAUACCUUCACAGAGGACUUAUGGGCUGCCCUGGAGGAAGCUUCCAACAAACCUGUAGGAGCCGUUAUGUCCACAUGGACCAAACAGAUGGGAUUUCCUGUUGUGGAGGUGAGCUCAGAGCAACAGGGACCGGACAGGGUUCUAAAGCUGACUCAGCAGAAAUUCUGUGCUGAUGGCAGCCAAGGCGGAGAUGUUCUUUGGAUGGUCCCUAUAACAAUCUCCACUCAAGAACAACCUUCAAAGGUUGCAUUAUCAACUGUAUUAGAGAAGAGAUCGCAGGAGGUAGUCUUGAAAGAUGUCUCCGAGAGUUCAUGGGUCAAGCUCAAUCCUGGCACUGUGGGUUACUACCGCACUCGCUACCCAGCGUCCAUGUUGUCUCAGCUAGUGACAGCUAUCCGCGACGGCUCUCUGCCGCCGCUCGAUCGACUCGGACUUCUCGACGACUGCUUCGCGUUGGUACAGGCCGGACACACACAAACUGCUGAGUCUCUAAAACUUAUUGAAGCAUUUACCAACGAAACCAAUUUCACAGUGUGGUCUUCUAUCUCAAACUGCCUAUCGAAAUUGAGUGCCUUGUUCUCGCAUACUCCUCUCGACAAGCCCUUGAAAAACUAUGGACGUAAACUGUUUUCGAACAUCACUCGGAAGUUGGGUUGGGACGCUGAGGAAAAGGAAAGCCAUCUAGACACCCUGCUCAGAAGCUUAGUUCUCAAUAAAAUGAUCAGCUUUGAGGACCCAGAUACAAUCAAAGAAGCAAAGAGUCGUUUCGAGAAGCACAUAUCGGGCGCGUGCACGCUGCCGGCGGACCUGCGCUCGGCGUGCUACCGCGCGGUGCUGGCGGACGCGGACGACGCCACGUUCCAGCGCUUCCUGGCGCUGUACCGCGCCGCCGACCUGCACGAGGAGAAGGACCGCAUCAGCCGCGCGCUCGGCGCCGUCAACGACGUCGCGCUGCUCAACAAAGUGCUCGACUUCGCUAUAUCGGAUGAAGUGCGAUCCCAAGACACUGUCUUCGUAAUAGUUUCCGUAGCCGUCAGUAAAAAUGGUCGCGAUCUCGCUUGGCAAUUCUUCAAGGACCAUUGGCAACAGUUUAUGGAUAGAUAUCAGGGUGGAUUCUUACUGGCCCGCCUGGUGAAGUCGACGACGGAGAACUUCGCGUCGGAGACGUGUGCGCAGGAGAUCGAGCAGUUCUUCCGCACGCACGCGUCGCCCGGCACGGAGCGGUCGGUGCAGCAGGCGCUGGAGACCGUGCGCCUCAACGCCGCCUGGCUGCGCCGCGACCUCGCCUCCACCACCGCCUACCUGCACUCCUACCACUGACGCCCGCAGCCCGCAGCCAUACCAUCCUAAGCUUACUUAUACGUUAACUAUCUGCCGCCGAAUAUAUUACUAUUUUGUUAUUGCCGAUAGUAAAUUAUUUGCAGGACCAAAUGAUACAAGACUGAAAACUACAACGAAAUCUACAGUAAUGUUUUAUCUAGCAUUAUCAUUUUCAUGAUACUUUAUGUUGCAUAUUUAUUUUCGUUUCCUUUUACUUAAUACUGUAAUAAACAGAAGUAGUAUCUUCUUUUACAUAAUAUUUUUUUAGUUUACUUUUAAAUAGUUAUUAUUUGAUAAUUGGUGAUAGCUGAUUUGUUCGGUUUUGACAUUAUCAUGUUAAUAUUUCGCUAGUGAAACCGCAGUCCAACUACGAAUACUGAGUUAUUAUUUUGUCCACAGAAAAAUGGUAAAGCAAAGCUAAAAUUAUAUUGUAACUGUAGUUUUGUCAAACUUUAUUGUCCGGUCAGACAGAUAAUUUAAAUGAUACAAAAUAUCUACAAUUUACACAUAUGCCGAAAUUCUGUUACUAAUAAUACAAGUGGAAGUUCGAAACCUAGAUUGAUUUCUAGUAUGUAUUUUAUUGCUAGAAGGUAUAGUGCAUAGAGUUGUUACACUCAAUGUUGUUGCAAAAGAACUAUUCUUAUAUACAUAGAUCUAGCAUACAUGUCUUUAUACAGCUGUAGUUUAAUUUAACAUUAAUAUUAAUUAGGGUCUUUUUACAAAGCUUUCGAUUUCUUUGUAUAUUUAAAAUGGGGCUAUAGCACUCUCUGAAGAUGCAAGUUACUAACGCUAGCGUGUCAAUCUCCUUUCUAGGUGUCUUCUUGAAGUUAAUAAAGUUGUAAUCUGUGCAUCUAAAAUACGCCAAUUUGAUCUUGUCACGAGGUCAACAAUUUACACAACACAGGUAAAUCUGAGUUACAUAUUAAAUUAAUAAAAUUUCAACAGCAUUUCAUUGUAAGAUUGGGCAUAAAAUAUUAUCAAAUUUCUUAUUAGAAUAGAUGAUAUGCAAGGAUCUAUUUGGCAUUGAGACAAGAUCAAAUAUACUGAGUAUAGUUCCAAAAGGUUUGGGCCUAAGUCCUACGUCGUAUUUUGUAAAUGUGUAUAAAUAUUAUUUAAUUUUUGUUAAACAUGUUAAGUGUUUACUAUGUAUUGGUGCUGAGUGCAUUUUUGUUUUCUUUCAGUUCUGUAGGACUGAGUAAUUUUGGUAUGUUUUAAUCGUUGCCAGGAAGCUACUUAUUUGAUGCAUUUUACAUACCUAUAUGUAAUUUAUUGGUGGUUUAUAGAGACAUUGUUAUUUCUAAAGAAGUGAAUCUAAUUUGCAUAGAUAAAAACUUAUUGUAUUUGUUCGUACGUAAAUAAUGUGUGUUCAAAUCAUUCUCUUUAUUUAUUUGUUGACAUGCAAGCUUAGUCAAAAUUGUGAUUUUGGGGCUAUAACAAUUUAAAGUUACCAUUAGCGUCGCAUUUGUUGUCAUCAUUGAUUUUUUUGUAAGACUGUGUUAUUGCAAUAAAUCGUACAAAAUAAUAAAA